UAGAAAGAAAAGAGACGAAAAUAUAGAAUACAGACAGAGAAGAGGAAGAUCAAAUCUACUAUCGAACAAUAAAAGAUGGCUUAUUUGUUGGGGAAUGGGCUGCUUGCCCACAUUUUCCUGCUCUUCUUGUUGUUGGCCGCCUGGUCUCAUGUGCAACCUGUCCAUGGAGGUUUGAGGACAGAGGGACUGGUUGAAGGCACCACAGAAGUGAUCAGUCACUCACAGGGGCUGGUGGCACGGCUGGAGGGCCUUCUGGUGCUGGGAAAUAACAGUGACAUCUCCCUACGUGUUGAAACAGUGGAUGCGGAUGAGGUCAAGGUUAUCCAAGCCCACACGCUAGUGCUUUCACUGCAGAGCAGAGUGUUUGAGGAGAUGCUGAGAAACCGCAAUAGUAGCACGCUAGUGCUGCGAGAAACAGCAGAAUGCACUGCCGUGUUCGAGAAAUUCAUCAGAUAUCUGUAUUGUGGUGAACUCACAUUGCAGUUAGACCAAGCCACACCACUGCACAGACUAGCUACCAAGUACGGUAUCUCCAGCCUCCAGCAAGGACUAACCCAGUACAUGAGCCAGAACCUGGCCAGCGAUUCUCUGGGCGGUCACGUGGUGGGCUGGUACCAGUAUGCUGUUUCGGUUGGCGACGCGGCGCUGAGAGACAGCUGCCUUCAGUUUUUAUCGUGGAAUCUAUCAUCGGUGCUUCAGAGUACAGAAUGGCCUUCGGUUAGUGUUGAAUUGCUAUUGACCCUCCUGCAGCGCUCCGAUUUAGUAUUGAAGAACGAGCUGGAAUUGUUCGAGGCGCUUGAAAUCUGGCUCACCCGGAACGACCCGGACACCCUGACAGCAGAGAACGCCCUUCGACUGGUGCGCUAUGCCAUGAUCCCUCCACGCGAAUUGUUUCGCUUGCAGCGACAGUCGGCGAUCAUGAUGCGCUACCACGAAUCGGUGCGUGAUCUUUUCUACAUGUCGUACCAGUUCCAUUCAGCUUCGCCGCUUCAGCUGGCCAAGUUCUUCGACGUGAACUGCAGCCUCUUCGUGCCCCGUAACUAUCUUUCAUCCAUGUGGGGAUCUCAGUGGGUCAUAAGCAACCCGGCACGGGACGAUCGCAGCACUAGUUUCCAGACCCAGUUGGGUCCGAGCGGGUUUGACUCCAGUAAGCGGGUGACAUGGAAUGCCCUGUUCUCGCCCCGCUGGCUCCCUCUCAGCAUGCGGCCCAUGUACACAGAGCAAGGUGCCAUGCAGCCAUCACGGCCCGAUGGAGGAAACGGCAUUGCCCGGCCUCGUAUCAUCAUCACACCUGCUACUUCCAGUGCAGAUUUUGCAGGUGUCAGCUUCCAAAAGACUGUGCUCAUCUUGACAAAGCAGAAGAACAAGCUUGUGGUGCGGCAUAUCUUCAGUUUCCACCAAAGCACAGAGGAGGUUGGGGAUUUCCUGGUCGGUGAGGACCUGCAAUAUCGCACGUCUGAGUACCUGGUGGAUGGAUCGCUGUACUUACACAUCAUUGUAAAGCCUAUCUACCAGACUCUUAUAGCAACCAAGAAAUAAUGUAACAAGUACAUUGAAGUAGAAUACAUUUUAUAUUUAGAAGGUCUAAAGUUUUAUUGAUGCAUGGAAGAAAAUGUUUAGGUUUAAUGUGAUUAACACUAAUAAAGUGCGUCUCCACUGUCCUUACUCUGGAAAAAAGUCUAGAAAAAUAAAAUGCGAUAAUCCACAUGUACAAAAUUGAAGGGAUAGUUCACACAGAAUUCUGUCAUCAUUUACUCACCCUUGUGUCAUUCCAAACCUGUAUAACUUUUUCUUUCCCCCAUGGAACACAAAAGGAGAUGUUUGGAGGAAUGUUAACGCUGCUCUCUUUAAUAUGGUGAAAAUGGAUGGAGAACAGGACCUGUCAAGUUCUGAAAAGCACAAAAACACUACUAAUACAUCUUAAAAGUAUCCAUGUGAGGCAUGCACUACAUUCCAAGUUUUGAAAAUAUUCUAUGAAUAUCUCCUUUUGUGUUCCGUGAAGGAAAGGAAAUAAAAGUUUUGUAAAUUAUGACACAAUUUUAAUUUUCAAGCAAUUGUUGCUUUAAUGUAGGCCUGUGACAUACAUUAGUGUCCCAGAUAUAAUAACUCAUAUCAUAGGUAAUUUUCAACUUGAUUAGGCAGAAGCCCUUUUCUUUUUAGGAAAACCAAUUUAUGUAUAAUCACAACAUUCUUUGUCUACACUGGACAAAAAAAGAGAAAGUGCACAGAAUUGUUGAAUUUAGCAUAUUAUUGCAAAAUGUAUAUUGCAAAAAAGAAACACAGGUUGCAACAAUAAAAACAUUAUUCUUAUUCUUAACAUUUAAAAUUUUAAUAUACUACGUUUUAAGUGUUUCAAGGUGCUAUUGUACAUUUAAUGAGAAAUAUCACGUGUCUUUCAAACCGGUAAUGUCUUGAAACAUCACACAUUUGUGCUGGUUAUUUAAGACCAUUAAGUGAUGUUAUAUAUAAUAAUUCUUAGAUAGGCUGCAGGCCUAGUUAGGCUAUUUUUCUGUAUUUUCCUAUCUGUGACCAUACUAUUUUCUUAGAUCCAUUUCCUUGCAUGUUAGGAUCAUGUACAGUAUUCACUCCCCUGAGCAGACCACACAAUAAAAUACAUGAUGCUUACAGAAAGUUUGAGUCUAUCAUUGAUUAUGUGGGUAAAGGAAAGAAGACAAGACUUCAGACACAAGGUCAUUGCGGUCUUCUUUAGAACACAUAGCUACUAAGAGUUCACGUUUUAUUGAGUGCCUUUAUCUGCAGGGGUGUAAAACGUACAGAGAUUCUCAUACAAGACAGUACCUACGACCAGUGCAGAGAACAAAACACUCUUAUAAACCAGUUCUUUAACGAUGACUGUAGUCCGACUCUUGAAAGAAUGAUUCAUGAUUAAUGAAUCGAUUCUUUAAAGUGAAUCAACAACAUGCAGCGCGAUUAGCGGAGUCCGAUUCCCGAUCGAAUAACUCUUAUGAGCCAGUUCUUUCAAGUGACUCGAAACCACUUAUGAAUCAGUUGGAGCGGUUGUAAAUUAAUCUUUCAGGACGUCAUGAAACGAACCAAUAGUUAAUAGUGUUAAUUCUCACGAAUUUAAUGUGACUGAAUUUUUGUUUUGCUGUAAUCAGUAUAUAAAUAUUAAUUAAUAAUACAAAAAAAAAAAAAAAAAA